GGCUCCUCGCCCUUCUACCUGUUUCCCCUGCAAGGCGGGAUCCUGGUCCCUGCUACGUUCCUGGGGCCAUGGCAGGCCUGGGCCCCGGCGGAGGCGAUUCAGAGGGGGGACCCCGACCCCUGUUUUGCAGAAAGGGGGCUCUGAGGCAGAAGGUGGUCCACGAAGUCAAGAGCCACAAGUUCACCGCCCGCUUCUUCAAGCAGCCAACCUUCUGCAGCCACUGCACCGACUUCAUCUGGGGCAUUGGGAAACAGGGCCUGCAAUGUCAAGUUUGCAGCUUUGUGGUUCAUCGACGAUGCCACGAAUUUGUGACCUUCGAGUGUCCAGGCGCUGGGAAGGGCCCCCAGACGGAUGACCCCCGGAACAAGCACAAGUUCCGUCUGCACAGCUACAGCAGCCCCACCUUCUGCGACCACUGUGGCUCCCUUCUUUAUGGGCUGGUGCACCAGGGCAUGAAAUGCUCCUGCUGCGAAAUGAACGUGCACCGCCGCUGUGUGCGCAGCGUGCCCUCUCUGUGCGGGGUGGACCACACGGAGCGCCGAGGGCGCCUGCAGCUGGAGAUCCGAGCACCCACGGCGGAUGAGAUCCACGUCACAGUUGGCGAGGCCCGUAACCUUAUCCCAAUGGACCCUAAUGGUCUGUCUGACCCCUACGUGAAGCUGAAGCUCAUCCCAGACCCUCGGAACUUGACAAAGCAAAAGACCCGGACCGUGAAAGCCACGCUAAACCCUGUGUGGAACGAGACCUUUGUGUUCAACCUGAAGCCAGGAGACGUGGAGCGCAGGCUUAGCGUGGAGGUGUGGGACUGGGACCGGACUUCCCGCAACGAUUUCAUGGGCGCCAUGUCCUUCGGGGUCUCGGAGCUGCUCAAGGCGCCGGUGGACGGCUGGUACAAGUUACUGAACCAGGAGGAGGGCGAAUAUUACAAUGUGCCAGUGGCUGAUGCUGACAACUGCAGCCUCCUCCAGAAGUUUGAGGCCUGUAACUACCCCCUGGAACUGUACGAGCGGGUGCGGAUGGGUCCCUCUUCCUCUCCCAUCCCCUCCCCAUCCCCUAGUCCCACGGACUCCAAACGCUGUUUCUUUGGGACAAGCCCUGGACGUCUGCACAUCUCCGACUUCAGCUUCCUCAUGGUUCUAGGAAAAGGCAGCUUUGGGAAGGUGAUGCUGGCUGAGCGCAGGGGCUCUGAUGAGCUCUACGCCAUCAAGAUCCUGAAGAAAGACGUGAUUGUCCAGGAUGAUGAUGUGGACUGCACCCUCGUGGAGAAGCGCGUGCUGGCCCUGGGGGGCCGAGGCCCGGGAGGCCGGCCCCACUUUCUCACCCAGCUGCACUCCACCUUCCAGACCCCGGACCGUCUGUAUUUUGUGAUGGAGUAUGUCACCGGGGGCGACCUGAUGUACCACAUCCAGCAAUUGGGCAAGUUUAAGGAGCCCCAUGCAGCGUUCUAUGCAGCAGAAAUCGCCAUCGGCCUCUUCUUCCUUCACAAUCAGGGCAUCAUCUACCGGGACCUGAAAUUAGACAACGUGAUGCUGGAUGCUGAAGGACACAUCAAAAUCACUGACUUUGGCAUGUGUAAGGAGAACGUCUUCCCUGGGACCACCACCCGCACCUUCUGUGGGACCCCAGACUACAUAGCCCCUGAGAUCAUUGCCUACCAACCCUAUGGAAAGUCUGUUGAUUGGUGGUCCUUUGGGGUUCUGUUGUAUGAGAUGUUGGCAGGACAGCCCCCUUUCGAUGGGGAGGAUGAGGAAGAGCUGUUUCAGGCUAUCAUGGAACAAACCGUCACUUACCCCAAGUCGCUUUCCCGGGAAGCUGUGGCCAUCUGCAAGGGGUUCCUAACUAAGCACCCAGCGAAACGCCUGGGCUCAGGGCCGGACGGGGAGCCCGCCAUCCGUGCUCAUGGCUUUUUCCGCUGGAUGGACUGGGAGCGGCUGGAACGACUGGAGAUCGCGCCUCCGUUCAGACCCCGUCCGUGUGGACGCAGCGGCGAGAACUUCGACAAGUUCUUUACGCGGGCGGCGCCAGCGUUGACCCCCCCAGACCGCCUGGUUCUAGCCAGCAUCGACCAGGCCGAUUUUCAAGGCUUCACCUACGUGAACCCGGAUUUCGUGCACCCCGACGCCCGCAGCCCCGUCAGCCCGCCGCCGGUGCCAGUCAUGUAAUCUCACCUGCCACCACUAGGUGUCCCCAUUGCUCCCUCCCCGCACCAGUCUUACACCUCCCCCCCAACUCCCACCUCCACCCCCUUUCCGAUUUAGAUCUUGCUCCCCAGCAUUCUGGCCUCUGCCCCGUGGGUGCUAGAUGCCCCUCCUAAGCGUUCCUGGCAUUCUAAGCUCCAUACAGUCUCUGGAGCCUCACUGUGUUCUAGACUCUGCUGUGCUGAGCCCGGAUUCUCACCCACCUUGGUGUUCUGGACUCUGCGCUACCAGAACCUUCACCACGGUCCCAACUCCGUGGGGUUCUAGACUCCGUGUUGGUAGAAUCUCUGUCUCUCCUUUUUUUUUUUUUCUUCUCCUUUCUUUCUGGGAAAUAGUCUCAUGGGGUGGGCUGUUCUAGACUUGGAUUCUAGAACAACCCUUCACCUCUGACCUGCCCCCCACUCCCCCCACCAACGACGUCCACCCCAUUCUGGAGUGAGUGGGAGGCUGUGCCCCCACGCUCCCGUGCGCCUCGUCCACACUCUAGGGAUUCCUGGGAUGGAUGAAGGAUCCCUACCCCCAGCUGUUCUCAAUCAGCUUUUGUUCUAGACGCCCCUACCCCGAACCUGUCACUGCUCGCCUGCCAGGUGCAUGGCUCCAGUCCUGCUCGGAACCUCCUCCACCUCCCCUCCCUCUUCCCCUCCCCCCCCUUCCCGUGCCUGCCACUCUGGGGGGGGGGGGCUCUGUCCUCCUCCCCCUGCCCACUGCCCUCUUCUUUGGCUCUCUCGCCCGGCCACAGCUGCUGGAGAAUAAAUUUGGGAUGCUGA